AUGCACACCUUACGAACCAGGUCCGCUGGCCUCCCGGAAGGAUUCAAGUUUUUCCCGGAAUUUCUGUCCCUCUCCGAGCAACGCACAAUGCUCUCCGCCGCACUCUUUAAACUCGACUCUACCGAAACCAAACACGCUCGGAAGAAACGGAGGGACUUCCUUGCCAACCACCCGCAGGAGCAUCGUGUGAUUGAGGACAUUUUCCUUCCCGACGCAUACUAUAAUUUCCAAGAGGGCCAUUAUGAUGGCGUGAUACGACAUUAUCGUGAGAUGCACUUGUCAUCCUGGCCGGAGGAUCAGAAUCCGGGUCUUUCGUGCAUUCUAGCUCGUUUGCAAGGGCUAUAUCCAACCUCGAACAUACAAACACAUCUUCUACACCUAUCAUCCGCAGGGGAGAUUCUCGAGCAUGUGGAUAAUAUAGAAGCCAGUGGAACUUGGAUUCUCGGUGUCAGCCUUGGGGCCGCCAGAAUAUUACGGAUGGAGUCGACAAGCAACCCAGAAGCGUCCUUCGAGGUUCUACUCCCAUCGGGUAGUGUUUAUUUGCAAAUGCAAGUGCAGUCGAUAUGCCUUCAGCUUGAAGCUAAAAGUCAAAGUAGGGACAGCGUGCGGUAUGACUAUAAGCACUCUGUACUAAAAGCGGGCGGUGACAUCAAGGCUGGCCAACGAGUCAGUAUAAUGAUCAGAGACCGAAAGGAAGUGCCUACAUUCAACACAUAA